GAUCUCUCUCUGUCUCUCUUCCCUUGGAUCCGCUGCUACACCAUCCAUGGAGAUCUCAAAGCCCCAUGCAGCACUGCUCUCUAGUCCCGGCAUGGGCCACCUCAUCCCCGUCCUGGAGCUCGGGAAACACCUCGUGACCCACCACGAUUUCACCGUCACAGUCUUCGUCGUCAGCUGCCGCAUGUCGCAGGCAGAGUCCCAAGUUAUCCAGUCUUCCAUGAGCCCUAAGCUCUUCGACAUUGUCCAACUCCCACCGGUUGACAUCUCUCAUCUAGUUGAUGCCAACGCCACGGUUGUUACACAGAUCGCCGUUAUGAUGCGGGAAGCCCGUCCAGCCCUCCGUUCCGCGAUAUCUUCCAUGAAUCCCCGCCCGACAGCGCUGAUCGUCGACCUUUUUGGAACUGAGUCACUUCCCAUAGCUGAGGAACUUGGUCUGCUCAAAUAUGUUUUCGUCCCUUCGAAUGCAUGGUUCCUUGCUUUGACUGUACGUGUGCCAUUCCUAGACAGAGAGGUGGAAGGAGAGUAUGUUGACCAAACAGAGCCGCUGAGAAUCCCGGGUUGCAGGGCUGUCCGGCCUGAAGACGUGGUUGACCCAAUGCUGGACCGGACCAACCAGCAGUAUAUUGAAUACGUGCGGGUGGGGAAAGAGAUCCCUACGAGUGAUGGGGUUUUGUUGAAUACAUGGGAGGAGCUGCAGCCCCUAACACUUGCAGCGUUUAGAGAUGAGACUCUCUUUGGUCGGUUCAGUAAGACUCCAGUUUAUCCCAUCGGUCCAUUAACCAGACCGUUGUCCGGUUCGAGGAGCGAGUUGUUCGACUGGCUCGACAAGCAACCGAGCGAGUCGGUGAUUUUCGUGUCGUUUGGAAGCGGGGGGACGCUUUCAUACGAGCAAAUGACUGAGCUGGCUUGGGGAUUGGAGAUGAGCCAGCAUAGAUUUAUUUGGGUGGUGCGUCCUCCAACGAGAACAGCUGCAGAUAACGCUUUUUUCACGGCCGGGACCGUGUCGAGUGGCGACGACCCAUCAACCUACUUACCGGCCGGAUUCCUGACACGAACGAAGAACAAGGGGCUUUUGGUCCCCAUUUGGGCCCCGCAAGUGGAAGUCUUGAGCCACCCAUCUGUCGGUGGGUUCUUCUCGCACUGUGGUUGGAACUCGACGCUCGAGAGCGUCGCCAACGGAGUGCCGAUGAUCGUGUGGCCACUAUAUUCGGAGCAGAGGAUGAACGCCACGCUGCUGGCGGAGGAGCUCGGGGUAGCCGUGCGUCCGAAGGUGUUGCCGUCGAAGAAAGUGGUGGGAAGGGAAGAGAUAGAGGAGACGGUGAGACAGAUCAUGGAGGACAAAGAAGGGAAGAAUGCGAGAAGGGCGAGGGUGAAGGAGCUGAAGUACAGUGCAGAGAAAGCUCUGUGUAAGGGUGGUUCGUCCUAUACUGCACUUUCCCGGCUGGCACAGCAGAUUAAUGAGAUUAGCAUGCAACGACCGACCGAAACUGAGGGCUAUGUGAGUUUAGCAAUAAAGCCCAACUGAUCGUACUCCCACCACUUAAAUUUGUUGUGUUUCUUUCCCAUAUGCAAUGUUUUCCUUCUUUAUCAUAAACUGUAAUAAUUUCCGAAUCACAGUAAUCAUGAUAUGAGUCCUCUAGUUGAUUGAGUGGUUUAUCCA